AUGGGCUGGCCAGCGGGUGUCAUAUUAAUGCUCAGUCCGCAAUCAGGCAGCAUGUUCCCCGAGAGAUAUCAUGGAGGCAUAGAAAAGGGUAUAACAGACCAAGACAGCAAGAUCGAGAAAUAUGUCGACUCUUGUAAGAUCUUACUCGAGGCUGGAUACAGAUUUUCGCAUCGCCAAAUUAUCAAUAACUCGUCCAAAAUAUUGAGAUCUGUCUUUAUCUCUGAGCUUGCCACACGACGCAGGAAACUUCUAGAAGUUUCCAAAGCCCAAAUCAAUCCAAGUGAAUUUUCUGAUCUUAGAGGAGAGGAGACUGGGCUCCCUAACUCUUCUGCUUCUAGGAUCUGGGCUUCAUUAAUGACAAAGGGACAUACAAUCGAUCUUCCAUUGAGACCUUCUGAUGAAGGUUAUCUAUUUUGCCUUGAUGGGCACCUUGAGAUCUUGGUGGAACUAUAUGAGGCUGGAUUCACAGACCUUGAUCAAACACACCCAGACGGCUACACACCGUUAAUGGCCUACUGUAAUGAACUUCGUUUUGGUUGGUCUGCCCUACAGUGUAUUGCGUGGUUGAUUUCAAAAGGAGCGAAUCCUUUACGGGAGCUACCCGACUCAAAGACAACUACGAUGCACUUAAUCAAUCAAAGAUUGGCGCGCUUGAUCUGUUUUGACUAUAGACGGAGCCUAUUUGACCCGCAUAUUGAGCUACGCCCUCUUCAGCAAAUUGAAUUUGCUUUGUUGUCUACGUCACCUCAGGAUUCGUGUUACUGUUCUUGCUCCGUUGGUGGCUGCACUCCAUUAUCAGUGGCUUUGCGGGGAGUCGUCAAUGAUCUGUAUCGGUCUACGUAUCACCCGGAGGAUGGACCAUCAAACUUUCAGCUAUUUCUUAGGACUGUCAUUGAAUACAACCAGUCCAAAACUGAGGUAUGCCACGCAAUGAUCAGAAUUCUCACAUUCGAUGGGCUAGGCUUGAAUCACACAUGUUGCACCGAACUCCAAUAUAUGAACCCUUGGAGACAUACUCGAGACGAAUACGACCUUCAGGAAAUCAGAGACGAGCAGAAAAAUUCUGUUGAGAGAUUUGAAAAGCUUGUUUCUGAAUUUAGAGCUCAAUUCGAUGCUCUUGAGCUUCCGUUGAUGGACUUCUUCCAGGAGGUUUGGUAUAAACGAAUGGUUAAAUUUCUUUCAGAGCGCGACAUUUAUGACCCCGAGCACCACGAAGAAACAAGACGACUUGGAAUCUCUUUAGAGACGGAUGAGGUUGAAAUACCUCUUGUUGUUGAAUUUAUUUCCAAACGGGUUAUGGUGGUCGAGGAUGACUCCGAGGGCUUGUGA